UCCUCUCUCUCUGUCUCUCUCUGUCUCUCUCUGUCUCUCUCAUCGGUGUUUGCAGAGAUAAGAAAAAUAACUCAGCUGCAAUCUCUUCCAUCUAAAAGGAAUUUGCAAGCAAACACAUGACAACGUUUUUGAGAAAAAAAAAUGACCCACUAGGCCACCAAAGUGACUGAAUUGAGGGUCACAUACAGAUCAUGUACUAGGAGAGCCAAAAACAAAUAUAAUCCUUCUUUCCCACACAUGAUCAUGGAUGAAAAUGGGAUCUGCAGGCCCAACUUCCCUCUUCAGCUCCUAGAAAAGAAGGAACAACCUCGUUCCGACGCCGAGACGAGCUCCAAAACGACCUUGGAACAGCCCAAGAAACCUCCCCCUAAGAGGACUUCAACGAAAGACAGGCACACCAAGGUGGAAGGCCGUGGCCGCCGCAUCCGUAUGCCCGCGACGUGUGCCACUAGGGUGUUCCAGUUAACGAGAGAGCUAGGUCACAAAUCGGAUGGCGAAACCAUUGAAUGGUUGCUUCAACAAGCUGAGCCUGCGGUGAUUGCUGCUACGGGGACAGGUACUAUCCCUGCUAAUUUUACGUCCCUUAAUAUUUCACCGAGAAGUUCAGGCUCUAGCAUGUCGGCUUCCCACUUGAGGAAUACUUUUUUCAAUCCAAAUUUUACUACACAACAAUUGAGGAUGAGAAGUGAAUGGGAUCAAACUCAAAGGAAUGCCCUUGACGACUCAUCUCAACAGCAAAGGAGGGUUUUAUUUCCGGGCGUUGCUUUAUCGUCCCAAGGUUCAUUAAACUUUCUCAGUAGUAGUAGCACUAGUUUGAACGCUUUCUUGCAAGCUAAGCAAGAGGUUCGGGAUGCUAGCGUCGACGUCGCUGAGACAGCAGAUACUAGCAUAGCGAAAAGGAGGAUGCCGGAGCAGCAAGAAUUGCAACAAAGUCAGAUGGGGAGUUACUUGAUACAAUCUAAUGCUGGUUCAAUUCCGGCGAGUCAUAAUCCGAAUCCGACAACAUUUUGGAUGGUGACUAACCCCGGAAACCAAGUCAUAGGCGGGAGUGGCGCCGGGGAUCCCGCGUGGACAUUUCCAUUUGCUACUAAUACUAAUAUGUAUAGAGGUACUAUGUCUAGUGGGGUACAUUUUAUGAACUUUGCUACCCCAAUGACUCUCCUAUCUGGCCAACAAUUUGGUUCAGGAAAUGGUGCUGGUGGUGAUUCAGUUACCGACACUCAUUUAGGCAUGCUCGCGUCACUUAAUACUUCUAGACCGAUUCCGGGUACCAACGCUUCCGAGUCUCCUGCCAGCGGAUCACUUCCACACCACGGCGGAGAAAACAGGCAUGAUUCAACUAGCUAGUGUUCGGCCAUGGCAUUAAAGCAAACUACAAAGUGUAUGGCUUGAUCAUGCUUUAUUUAUUUUUUUCACUUAUAUAUUUUUAGUAGUACAUAUAUGUGAAAUUUGCAGCACAGGCUCAAGUUUGAAUGCUAUGAAA